AUGAUCAACGAUAUACCCUACUUCACCACUCAGCCGGUCUUAUCAGACUUGUAUCAGUCCAAGGAUUUGCUCGACUUCUCAGGUCCCUCGACCCCACCUCGAGCAUCCACUUCGUCCCCUUCUGCAUCUCCAUCUGCUCCCUCACUAUUUUCAUCAGCCACAUCGAUAGCUUCAGCCGCUACGAGACGAGCAGCAGCCGCUGGUCUUACUACUACUCCUUCUGGUCCUUCUUCAUCUUCGAUAGCGAAGGAGAUAAGAUGUGUAGAAGGCUAUGGACAGAAUUUGUAUAUCGGCAACUCGGAUGGGACGGUGGAAUGGUGGAUUUGUGAAGCUGCGUCAGCCGCCAAUGGCAUGAACGGAUGGGGUAUGAAACAUCGUCAUACACUUUUCCCAAGACGACCCGUCAACAGGAUGUAUAUCUUACCGAAGAUAUCCAAGACACUAAUAAUAUCGGACGGAACACUACAUGCUUUGUCGUUGCCGAGCCUCGAGCCACUCCCAUCAUCGCAUGUGCCCCCACUACGAGGCGUGGUAUCGGUAAUAUUGGAUGACGAAGAACUGGAAUGGGGUGGUCCAGGUUCAGAGGAUCUUAACGCCCAAAUGACUGUGGUGGUAGUAAGGAGGAGGGGUUUAGGGGUGUACAAGCUUGGAAAUAGAAUGAACAGUGUGAAGGAAAUACCCCUACCAUCUUCACCAACACACCACGCCCUAUUCUCCUCAUACCUUUGCGCAGCCAUCACUUCAGGUCAAGACGAUACCACUCAAACGCUAUACAGCAUAAUAGACUUAUCCGACGCAUCUCUGACAGAAGUCUUACCGGUUUCUCAGAUCGAUCCGGCCGUAGCUGAUUUCCAACCGAACCCAAAUAUAGUGGUGAUACCCGGUGAGAACGAAUUUUUGGUCACUAGCUAUACGGGAUCAUCAACUAUGGGUGUGUUUCUCAAUGGACAGGGAGAUCCAGUGAGGGGAACGAUGGAAUGGCCAAGCCAUCCUUUAGCCAUUGCUGUGGAAUCUGAAUAUAUCAUAGCGUUAUUACGAGAUCAAACAGUUACUAUUCACUCUCUAGCUGAUCUGGAAAAGCCAACUCAAGUGAUCAGCCUAGAUCCAACGAUAGACGCUUUCGGGUUGACCUAUUCGCCAUAUGGAGUAUCGGUCAGAGACAUAUAUAGGGACGAUCGGUUGACGCCCUACAAACUGAAAUUGCUAGAUGGAAAAUUAGCUCCGGUAAAACCUAUCGAAGAGCCCAAAGUGACUUUACCUCAAGUGGAGGACCUAUCCAAUGAUGCAGCCGAGGGUAACACGGAAGAACCGCUACUAUCACCUGAUGUAAUUUCGCCGAUCAAUGAAGAUCCACCUUCUGGAUCAGGCCUGACUCCCCCUUCUUCACCCAAACCAGCAUAUCGCCAUCCCACCACCCCUCAGAACAAUUCAGGUUCAUCAACUGGUCUUAGUAUCGGACCAUUUUCCACAGCUGUAUCUGAGACGUUGAUCAUCUCGGGUCAUUCGAUCGUUUCGCUCUUACCUACUAGUACGAUCAUGAAAGUGGAACGGCUAUGUUCGGAAAGACAGUUUGACGAAGCUACCAUUCUAGUCGAUGAGGAGAGAAGGAGAGGUAGAAGAGGUGAGAUAGAUGUGGAUAAAGCUACUCAUCAUAAUACGAUGAAAUAUCUACAUCUAUAUCUGGCUUUACAUCUCUUCGAAGAAGCUUUAUUUGAUAAAUCGCUGGAUUAUUUUACGAGAAGUAAGGUGGAUCCUAGGAUUGUGGUUAGGACGUUUAGUGAUUUGAGAGGGAAGCUGAUAGGGAGUGAAGAGGUGGUGGACGUCUUCGAGGGUAUCAAGGAGGUUUUGGAGAGGAUGGGUGGAGUCGACGAUAUAAUUUCGACUUCCCUGAAACGGAAUUAUUCACCGCAUGUCCAACCUAAUACAGCUACUGCACCUGAAACCAGCGUACUGCGCCAGGCAAUGAUGGAAGAAGCUAAAGAUAUGCUGACUGAGUUCCUGAGAAAGACAAGAGCUUCGAGGAGGAAAGGUGGUGGUGCGAGAGGUUUGGAUAGUAGGAAGAUUGAUAUUGUCAUCGAUACUACCUUGGCCAAACUUCUGGCUGAUAAAGGAACGACCAACGAACUUCUUGCUCUACUUGCGGCACCGAAUGACUGUGUGUUACCUGAAUUGGAACCGUUCUUAGUUCAGCGGCCGUAUGUUUUGGCUACAGUGAUGAGAACACAGGGGAGGGUGGAUAGAGUACUAGAGUUACUCAAAGAAAUCGCCGAUUCUGACAUUGCCGAUCCUAUAUGCGAAGAUCCAGUCGAAGAGCUUGCACAACAACUGGAAAGUGUCAAAGACCCGCAGAUGUUGUUGGAAUAUGCCUUGUGGCUAGUGAAAAAGAAUCCUUCACGGGGAUUAUCGAUUCUAAUGGCUCAAAAUCAAAAGAAUGGAGUCAAAUUAGAUGAUCUUUCGUUGGUUCAAAAACUCGGUCAGAUAGAUAGAGAAACUGCGAAUCGGUAUUUGGAGUUUGCUGUCGUGAGCAAGAAAUCACCAAAUAGAGCCUUGCACGAGCAGUUAUUGGGGGUGUUGUUGGAUGAGGUGGAAGAGCUUUGUAGGGAUGAAGGGGUGAAGUAUCAUCUGGAGGAGCUAGACGCCGAAUACCGCUUGGAGCCUUCCCCUCGGCCCUUCAUUAUCUUCUUAGCUGAUGUUGCACCCGAUACGCCCAUCAAGAGGAAUCGACUGAAAUUGAUGUUGUUCCUCCAAGGGAGUCCGUUCUUUGAUUCGGAAAAAGCUGCGAAAAGGUUGGAAAGUGUGAUCGAACUGAAAUUCGAGCUGGCCGUGGUAUAUGGCAGGCUCCUCAAACAUCGCCUUGCCCUUUCGCUCCUCGCUAUUACCAUAGGUGAUUCUAUCUCAGCUCAAACAUAUUGUCAGACCAAAGGUGAAAUUAUCCCACCCAAAAUAUCGAAACUCGUUGCGAAACAGGUGAAAGGUCUUGAUACUUGGGCGGGUCUGAUUGAGUUGGGAAGAAGGAAGGUACAGGUGAAAGAUGAGGAAAUGAGAGGGUUGGUCAAAGAGUUGCUAGCAGUGUAUAUGAGUGAUAGCAAAGGAACUUCCAAACAGGCUGCUGCGUUAUUGAAUGCUCAAUCAGUCCACUUGGACGUAUUAGAGGUACUGGGUCAAAUGCCAAAUGACUGGCCGUUGGACGAGGUCUCUUCAUUCCUGAAAAGGAGUUUUAGGAGAGGAUUACAUGAUAGAUCCACCUGGGGGGUAUUGAAGGCUAUUUCCGCGGGGCAGAAUAUGGAAGUAUCAGAACAAUACCUCGACAAGAUACGUCGUAUACCGCCAAUCACAAGAGCUUCGUCGAACGAUGUUUCACCUGAUGGCGAUGGUCUCACACCCCCUGAUGAAGGUAGUAUACCAGAGACUGAGUGGGGUACAUUCGAAGAGAAAGGUUUGGUCGAGUCUGCGAUUGAACAAGAGAAGAGAGGUACGAGUGCAGGCGAGAAAGAUGGGAUUGUACAGAGAAAUGAAGGUGUCGAAGUGGGUUCGAAAGAGGGUUAUGUGCUGAAUUCUGAUAAUGGCGAGGAAGGUCUUGUGUAG